AAUGGAGUGAUCGGGAUGGGCUGAUUGCUUGACAGAAAUGAUUGCUUUAUGUGGUUGUUUGUUGAAGGGGUAUAUCAUGCCCGACUCCCAGGAUGCCAAAGACAUGCCCAAGGGCGACAUGAAGCGUCGCGAGGCCGCAUGGACUGAGAAGAAAAUCAAACUGAAAAACCCAAACUAUGCCAUCAACCCACUCCGUAAACACGCAGAGGGCACGAGGACAUGUGUGCUUGCCUUCCUACGUUAUAUUUUCUGGUGCUGCUGUCUAUCAGGUUUGUCUAUUCGCAAUCUGCCCUUGUCUGUUGACCCCAAUGGGCUGCGAUCGGCCAUCACAUCCAUCCUGACCAGUGACGACAGGGGCAAGGCAGCUCUCAGGUGACGAGCCGUGCGAUCGGGGGAUGAUGCCACGGCACAGUCACAUGAGACUGGUUUCUCGUCUGCAUAUUCAGGGCACCUCCAUCUGAGUGGGACGACCCACAAGCGAGACUGGUCGACACGGUGGGCCUGCAGGAUGACAAGAUGCUCAAGAAGAAAGCGGUGGCGGCCGUCAAGAGGGUAGGCGUCAGUAUUCUGCCCACGCAGAUACCUGUUUGAUCACUGUAUGACCAAGACCGCAAGACCUAUGUCGGGUCGCUGGGGCAGGAGAAAGUGCGACGAUCGAAGGUCGGUAGACAGAUGGCUUCGACCCAUACACAGCCACCCGCAUAUGUCUUUCCUUGACUUGUUGACGUACAUGUAUCUAGGGUUUUGCGUUUGUUGACUUCGGGCGGCAUCGCGUGGCGCUGGCAACCCUCCGCUACCUCAACAACAACCCCACCGUGUUCGCCAAGCAAAAGUGAGCAUGUGUGGUAAUGCCUAGUAUUCACAUAUCUACGUGCGCUGGUGCUUACCCGAUGCGCAGGUGUCCCAUAGUUGAGUUUGCCAUUGAGGACAAGCGAGCCCUCAAAUACAAAGUAUGACACGUGCAUAAGCAGCGCACCAGCAGGCACAGCCACACUGGCUGCAUGCUGCCUUGCUUCUCCGCAGGAGAUGCGCCGCGAGAAGGUCGAGAAAAGAAAGGCAGCAGCACUCGAAAAGCCGGCAACCGACGACGCGCAGGCCGAAAAAGAGAAAAUGGCAGCGGGCGGGGAGCCGAGGGAGGACAGCACAGCAGAGAUCAAGAAGAAAAGCAGAGGUCCGGAUGGACGUUUGCAACGGCAUACUCAGACUUGAAUGUGAUGCGUUGUGUGACGGGCUGCAGGUCAGCGUCAGCGCGAGAGGCGACGCCAAGAGAGGGAUGCCAUGGAUACUGAGGAGCACCAACAGACGCAGGAUGAGCCACGGGCCACCAAGAAAAGGAAGGCGGAGGAUAUCGCCCGGUACGGACACGUAUAGAGUGGAGCACAGAUGCACGUCUGCAUGUGUUGAUCUGUCCACCCCAUGUCGUGAAGGAGGGCCACCUGUUGGACCGUCUGGCCAAGUCGGCGACGCCCCAUGAAGCGAGCGGCGCUGCUCUCCUCAUCAAGAUGCACAAGAAGGGAACCGUUCAUGAGAGUGACGACCUGGAGGUGAGGAACGACCACACGAGCAAGUUCGCGAGGGCAUUACGCUUCUUUCUUGCACUUUUUCUCAGUUGUCGGCUCUCGCCCGUCGGAAGCGAAAACUGAUUCAGAUGGGCCCGAAUCUUUUGUGCAUAUGUCAACGAACAAUGUGACGUAUUCACUGUGAUGGCGUUUGAGACUAUCUAUGGUUGUUGCUCGUUUCUGUUUUGACCGUCCACUGCUAAGUCACACACACAUU